AUGCCUGCCUCCACACGCAUCCCCCCCAUCGCCCUCCCCUUCGUCAGCGACCGCGCCAAGAAGACCCUGGACCUGGUUGAAGAGUUCGUCGAGAAGGACUGCAUCCCCGCCGAGGCGGUCUUCCAGGCCCAACUGGGCCAGGGCGAGCAGCGAUGGACCACCCACCCGGCCGUCAUGGAGACCCUGAAGGCGCGCGCCCAGCAGCUCGGCCUGUGGAACAUGUUCCUGCCUAAGAACCACUUCGCCCAGGGCGCCGGCUUCUCGAAUCUGGAGUACGGGCUCAUGGCCGAGUAUUUGGGGAAGAGUUUGAUUGCUUCUGAGGCAACGAACAAUGCCGCCCCGGACACGGGCAACAUGGAGGUCCUGGCCAAGUACGGCAACGAGGCGCAGAAGCAGCAAUGGUUGACGCCGCUGCUGGAAGGCCGGAUUCGGUCUGCGUUUCUGAUGACGGAGCCGGAGGUGGCGUCGAGCGAUGCCACGAAUAUCCAGUUGAAUAUUCGGAGGGAAGGGGAUGAGUAUGUCUUGAAUGGAUCGAAAUGGUGGUCCUCCGGCGCCGGCGACCCCCGCUGCGCCAUCUACCUGGUGAUGGGCAAAUCAGCGCCCGACCACCCGGACCCCUACAAGCAGCAAUCCGUGAUCCUGGUGCCGGCCCACACGCCGGGGAUCACGGUGCACCGGAUGCUGACGGUGUACGGGUACGACGACGCGCCGCACGGCCACGGGCACAUCAGCUUCGAGAACGUGCGGGUGCCCGCGGCCAACCUGGUGCUGGGCGAGGGCCGGGGGUUCGAGAUCAUCCAGGGCCGGCUGGGGCCGGGCCGCAUCCACCACGCGAUGCGCACGAUCGGCGCGGCCGAGAAGGCGCUGGAGUGGCUGAUCGCGCGCAUCAACGACGACCGCAAGCAGACCUUCGGCCGGCCCCUGGCCAGCCACGGCGUCAUCCUCGAGUGGGUCGCCCGCUCGCGCAUCGAGAUCGACGCCGCCCGCCUCAUCGUCCUCAACGCCGCCAUCAAGAUCGACCAGGGUGACGCCAAGUCCGCCCUCCGCGAGAUCGCCCAGGCCAAGGUCCUCGUCCCCCAGACCGCCCUGGCCGUCAUCGACCGCGCCGUCCAGGCCUACGGCGCCGCCGGCGUCUGCCAGGAUACCCCCCUCGCGUACAUGUGGGCGCUGAUCCGGACGCUGCGCAUCGCCGACGGGCCCGAUGAGGUGCAUCUGCAGCAGCUCGGGAAGCGCGAGAACCGCGACCGCAAGGCCGAGAUCCGCCAGAAGUUGGAGUGGCAGCGCGGCGAGGGCGAGAGGUUGUUGAGCCAGACCGGGUUGAAGAUUAAGGGCCGGUUGUAG